AUGUCGCUUCUGCCGCAAUCAGCUUCAGGAUUCACAGAUCCUGAAUAUUGGAAAAAAUUUUUCGCCAGUAGGAAAACGCCGUUUGAAUGGUGAUUUGAUUUUUUUUUCGUGGCGAGAUUUUUCGAUAAAACGUGAAAUAUAGAGAAAAAUCAUAGUUUUCUUCCUGAAUCACCCAGAAAUUAUUUGUUUUCUUUCAAAUAUAAUUAAUUUUUAGGUAUGGAGAUUUCAACACUCUUCAAGACGCGAUUGAAAAAUAUAUGAAAGUGUCGGAAACGAUUUUGCAAAUCGGAUGUGGUAGUUCAGAAUUGGCAACACAACUCUAUGAUAAUGGAUAUCGAAAUGUUCAUAGUAUUGAUGUUGAUCAGAAUGUGAUUACGAAACAAUUGCAGAAAAAUAAAUCGAGAAGUACUUUGACGUUUGAAAAGGCUGAUGCGACUAAUGUGAGCAAUUUUGAAAAUUUGAAUGUUUUUUGGGUGUGAAUAGGAAAAAAUCAAAUAUUCAAGUAAUAUGAAGAGGAUCGCAUAGAUUCAUAAAAAUCCCUUACCCUCUCAAAAUUCAUUUUUUUCCAAACGUGACCUCUCUCAAAAUAUUGAUAUUUUUGCAGCUUCCAUUGAAAGAUGAAUCAUUUCCUGUUGUUAUUGAUAAAGGAACCUACGAUGCACUUUUACCACCAAAUUCAACUGCAGAAAAUCAAGAAACUGUUCGAAAAAUGUUCAACGAAGUGAAUAGAGUUUUGACAUGUGGUGGACGGUAUAUUAUUGUGACAUUGGCUCAAGAUCAUCUUAUUGAUUUUUGGUUGAAGUAUUUUGUUCCAACGUGAGUUUUCAUUGAUUAUUUCGGUCAAAAAUAUUAUUCUUUUUCAGAAAUCAAUACAUUUUGCGAGUGAUAAAAAUCGAAAAUCGAUCUUGCGGUUUUCAAAUGCCAGUUUUUGUUCUAGUCGCCAAUAAAAUGAAUGCAAAAAUGCCUCGCGCUUUACCAAUUCAGCUUCAAAGAAGUGGAUCCAAAAAGUGUGCAAAUGUGACAGAACAAGAAUUGAAAGAAGGCAUUUUGGCGGAACAAGAAAUGUCGCAAUUUAUCAGCUUAUGUUCGAGUCAUCUUGAAGAAGAGGUGUCGAUUCAAUUCAAUGGUGCCGAUCCAGAUCUUGGUCCCAAAUAUCGGAUUUAUGUUAUUGAUAAUUUCAAAACAGCUGUUUGCUCAACUUAUGGUGGAUUUAUUGUGCCAAUUGGAAGAGAAUGUGAAUGGACAUUUGUGACAACAAAAGGACGAUAUUCUUUGAGAGAACAAUGUGAAUUAGAUCGAAUUGCCAUUAUUUUAUUGAAUCUCAAACAUGAAUAUGGAACGAUGUCUGAAAUUCAGGAUGAGAUUGGACAUUUCUUGACACAGCUUGAUCGUAGAGAUGAGGAUAAACGUACAAGGGUUGGUUUUUAGAGACUAUUUAGAAAGAGAAGGAGGAUAGGCAUCUGCGAGUCAAUUUUCACCCACAAUAGAUCCAUACUUUUUUUCCUCGAGCUAAUUUUUUGGUAAAAGCUUUGAAGAUUUAGAAAAACCUAAAAAAAUAUUCAAAGAUCUUUGAAAAUUUCUCAGAAAAAAAUCAAUUAACUUUCGUUUAAGAAAUUCUAGCACCAAAGUUUCAUAUAUGUUUUUUGUUUCCAGAUCGAUAUAUUGUCAGUGGGCGAAGAAAAUUCAAAAGUGGUCAUUGCAACUGGAGAAUCAAUGUACAAUGGAAAAUGGUCAGUGGAAGAAGUUUUACUGCCUUGUGGAAAUUUGAGCAGACGAUUGGUGUUUUUGAACGUCUUGAAUCUUAUUCAAUCGGAAGUUUAUAUGAAACGUGAGUGUUUUUCAUGAAGAAGUAUAGAAACGCGUUUAUGCAAUUUUAGCGCAAAUAAUUUUAAUUAUAUUCCAGCCAUGCCAAAUAAUGAAGAAGAAAGAUAUGUGGAUUUGAAUAAUUUAGUUUGUGAUUUCCAUGUAAUGAUGCUUGCUGGUUUGGCAUUACAUCCACGUGAACCGCUUUGUGUACCUGAUAUCCAAAUGAGAAUGGCGGUUCUUGGAUUAGGAGGAGGACUUUUGACUGCGUACUUAUCCAAAAAUUUCCCGAAAUCUCUAACUACCGGAAUUGAAUUGGAUCCGGCUGUUGUCUCACUUGCCAUUGAUCAUUUUGCAUUCCCGCAUACAGCGAAUAACAUUGAUGUGAAAACAAUGAAUGCGUUGACUUUUGUGAAAGAUAUUGCGGAAAGAGAUUUGGAAGAGGAGAAAUAUGAUGCGAUUUUUGUUGAUGUUGCUGAUAAUCAAGAUCGAGCUAUGCAUUGUCCUCCACCCGCAUUUUUGACAGAACAAGCAUUGACUAAUAUGAGGAAUAGUUUGAAAAAAGAUGGUGAGGAUUUUUUAAGGGGGUGUGAGAUCGAUUUUGAAAUUGGAAUUCCAAAUAUUUCAUUUAAAAUGAAUACGAAUCAAACUAGAUUUUUUGUAUAUAGUCAGCAAAAUCAGUUUCUCAUUUUUUCUUCAAUUUUCAUGAAUGAAAACUUCAAUUCAAUCACAGAAAAGCUAUUUCAAGCUGUGUUUUUUUCUGAAAAUUUUACUUGAAAAAAUACAUUUUUUGAUCAAACUAGAAGGGCUUCGCUGGCUAACGCCAUCUACAGUAGUUUGACUUACUUUUUCUGAUUAAUUUUCCGGUUAGGGAAAGAGAAAAAUUGAGAAAUGCCCAAAAAUUGUUGACUUUUUCAGAGAAUAGAAAGAUCAGAUAAGAAACGUGUCAUUUAAUUUUUUUGGAAUAAAAACGUGAUCAUUCUUUUUUACAUGAAAAAAGUUUUGAUUUUUCACGUGAAAACUCGCGCACUUUUUGAAAAAUCGAAUAUUAGCGCCUCGAUGGGAAAGAAUUUGGGAUAGAAUGGUGAAGGUCCCAUCAAAAAUGGUCUUCUGGAAAUUGAGAAAAGUCGAGCGACACAUUUUAAAUCCGAAAAAUACAUUGAGAUUUUCAAACUUUUCAUUCUCCGCGCACUCACAGACAUUUUGAGAAAGAAUGAAUAGGAAGCGCACCGAGCUGCCAACAUUUAGAAACUUUUUCUUUUUUUGAUCAUCAAUUUUUAUGCGCACAGUUUUGAGAACGGGUCCCGGACAUACUAUUGCCAAAAAAAUUUUCCCAAUUAGUAUAUAAAAAAUAGUAGAAUAGUAGAUAGUAGAUAGUAGAUAUAGUAGAUAGAUAGUAGAUAGUAGAUAUUUUUCAAAAAGGAUUUUUUGAACUCGUGAUAAAAAAUAACGUGAAGUGUAAGUUGAAGUUUUAAUAUUCAUUCCAAAAAAUAUCCUGCAAUCACAUUUCACUCCCAUUUUCUCAGGUAUGGUUCUUAUCAACUUGGUUACUCGAGACAAUGAUAUUUCAUACCAAGUCAAACAAAAUGUCGCCCAAUAUUUCAAAUAUGUUUCUGUAAUUGGUGCUGAAGUUGAUGUAAAUGAAGUGCUAAUUUGCCAAAACACAUUGCCUGCUCGAAAAAGAACACCGGUUGAUUUGAGUAAUCGAAUUAGACGUGAUAUCACCGGAAAAAAGCAAUUGAAAAGCGCCAUUCUUCGACUCAAUCCAAAUAAUGUUACUAGUUUGAGAGGAUAA